AUGACCACCUGUGUGCGGAAGCCCUUUCGCUCUCUCACUUUUGGUUCAUGCAUCACGAUGGGAGCCGGCGGCUUCGUGUACUCCAUGAGCGAUCACGUCGCCUUCAAAUGCCCCUCGGCGUACGAUGACCCCCACCCAUCGCAUAGUGAAGCCAUGAGAAAUCUCCUUGCCGCCGAGGAUCUGGUUGCCACGCCGGAGGACCCUGGCCGUGACGAGAUGCUCCUGGCCGACUGUCACCGUUUUCUCGACAAGGAGAAGCUCGAGACGGAGAAGCUCGAGACGGAGAAGCUCGAGACGGAGAAGCUCGAGACGGAGAAGCUCGAGACGGAGAAGCUCGAGACGGAGAAGCUCGAGACGGAGAAGCUCGAGACGGAGAAGCUCGAGACGGAGAAGCUCGAGACGGAGAAGCUCGAGACGGAGAAGGUGUUGAACUGA